UCUCUGUCGAUGCGGGAGCGACGACAGCUGGACUGCAGUCCCAUACCACGUAGUCAAUCGGGCGCCUCUCCCGUUUCCAUUUCGGGAUCCACAGCCACCGCUGGCGGAAUGGCCUCCCAUCCGCAUGUGAAUCUGCUGCACGCGGCCGAGCCGCAUUACUACAAUGCCCAGGGAGCCGUCUACUACACCAGCUACCACGGCUCCCCGCACGACCUGAGCUACGCCAGCUCCGCGGACGUCUCGCUGAACGCCUCGUGGGUGAACGCCAGCGGGCACAGCCCCCACACGCCCUACUACUCGGCGGCACAGAUCUACAUGCGCCCCAAGGGCGGCAGCACCACGCCCACUCCCAGCUGCAGCGGCAGCACGGGCAGCGGCAGCGGCAGUGGCAGCGGCAGCUGCAAGAAGGUUCCGCCGGAGGUGCCCAAGCGCACCUCUUCGAUCACGGCACAGCAGCAGAGCCAGCUGCUGCUGCUGCAGCGCCAGACACCGCCGCCCCCGUCGCUGCUGCGGACCAACGGGCUCUGCAAGACGGCGGAGAACGGCAGCCUGACCUCCGUCCAGAGUUCCGGCUCAGACUCGAGCGUCACCUCGGCGGAGCGGAACAUGAACAGCGACCUCGGAUCGGACCGCAGCAACUCCCCCCACACGUGGAAGCGUGGCACGGCCCUGAACAGCUCCCAGCAGUUCUCCACGCACUCGGCCGACUCGGUAUCGGUCUCGGUGCCCAGCGGAGGUGGAGGUGGAGCCGUUGUGGUCUCCGGAGCAGCCAUAGCUGCUGCUGGGCCCGGAGCUUAUGCCGCACAGAUGCAGGCGGCCGUGGCAGCGGCCACAGCGGCGGGCGGAGUACCGCCGACGGACGAUCAUGCCGUCUCGUCGCACACCAGCGCCGCGCAGUACGAGCAGCACGAACAGCAGCAGCACGAGCAGCAGCAGCUGCAGGCAGCGGCCUCCGCCGCGGGCGUGGCCCAGAACUACAAGAUGUCGGAGACCAUACGCAAGCGGCAGUACCGCGUGGGCCUCAAUCUGUUCAACAAGAAGCCGGAGAAGGGCAUCACCUAUCUCAUCCGCAGGGGCUUCCUCGAGAACACGCCACAGGGCGUGGCUCGUUUCCUGAUCACGCGCAAGGGCCUCUCCCGCCAGAUGAUCGGCGAGUAUCUGGGCAAUCUGCAGAACCAGUUCAACAUGGCCGUGCUCAGCUGCUUCGCCAUGGAGCUGGACCUGUCCGGCCGCCAGGUGGACGUGGCCCUGCGCAAGUUCCAGGCCUACUUCCGGAUGCCCGGGGAGGCGCAGAAGAUUGAGCGGCUGAUGGAGAUCUUCUCGCAGCGCUACUGCGAGUGCAAUGCGGACAUUGUGGGGCGCCUAAGAUCAUCCGAUACGAUCUUUGUGCUGGCAUUUGCCAUCAUUAUGCUCAAUACGGAUCUGCACACGCCCAAUCUGAAGCCGGAAAGGCGCAUGCGCGUCGAGGACUUCAUCAAGAAUCUGCGAGGCAUCGACGAUUGCCACGACAUUGACAAGGACAUGCUGAGCGGCAUCUAUGAGCGCGUCAAGUCGGACGAGUUCAAGCCGGGCAGCGACCACGUCACCCAGGUGAUGAAGGUGCAGGCCACCAUUGUCGGCAAGAAGCCGAAUCUGGCGCUGCCCCACCGGCGGCUGGUCUGCUAUUGCCGCCUGUACGAGAUACCCGACGUGAACAAGAAGGAGCGGCCGGGCGUCCACCAGCGCGAGGUGUUCCUCUUCAACGACCUGCUGGUCAUCACCAAGAUAUUCAGCAAGAAGAAGACCUCCGUGACGUACACGUUCCGCAACAGCUUCCCGCUCUGCGGCACGGUGGUGACCCUGCUGGACAUGCCCAACUAUCCGUUCUGCAUCCAGCUGUCGCAGAAGGUCGACGGUAAGAUCCUGAUCACCUUCAAUGCCCGCAACGAGCACGACCGCUGCAAGUUUGCCGAGGAUCUCAAGGAGUCCAUCAGCGAGAUGGACGAAAUGGAAUCGCUGCGCAUCGAGGCAGAGCUGGAGCGCCAGAAGUCGGCGCGCAACCGGGCCCCGGGGAACGCAGAGAACCGCGAUAGUGGCGUGGCCGAUGUGGAGGUGUGUCCCUGUCCCUAUGGCUCCCAGCCCGGCGGCGGCUCCCAGGCAGCCGGCGAGCAGGCAGCUGGCAACUCGGCCGACUCCACGCAGCAGCUGAAGCGCAGUGCGCUCAGCAACAGUCUCCUGGACAUGCACGAGCAAUUUGGCAACGAGAAGCCCCAGCGACGAGGCAGCGUCGGCUCCCUGGACAGCGGCAUGAGCAUCUCCUUCCAGUCGACCACCACGUCCAGCGCCUCGCGGGAGAAUGCGGCGGCCAUUGCAGCUGCCGCCAAUGCAGCGGCGGCUGCCAAGAUGCGUUUCAACAUGCCGCCAACGGCGGCGAUUGCCACGCCCAACAAUGUGUAUGCAGCGCCCGGAAUGCAGGCGUACACGCAUGCCAACUUUGUGCAGAAGUCGCAGGCCGCCUACAUGAUGCAGCAGCAGCAAAUGCUUCAGCAACAGGCACAAAUGCAAGCCCAGGCGCAAGCCCAGGCCCAAGCGCAGGCUCAGGCGCAGGCGCUACAGCAGCAGGGAGGCGGAGGAGCAGGAGUAGGAGGAGGAGCCGUGGUCACGGGUCGAAUCCCUGGAAGGGAGAGGAAGGCCUCACGCUCCGAUGAGAACGCACGGUCGACGGAGGUCUAAGUCAUCUACUCAUCUACGUAUUGUACAUUUCCGUUGUUCAGCAAAGCGAUAAAUAUUAAAUCUAUAUAGCAUAUAGAGUCAAA